AUGUAACCUUGGACUUGUGCUUCUGUUGUUUGUUCAGUUGAGGCCUUCUGACAAACAAGAGAGACAAAGAGGCUGAGAUGUCAAUCCAAAAAGAAAAACUAAUGAAUAUAUUGCUCAACUUAAUAAAUAUAUUGCUAUAUGUUGUUCUGUAAAGCAAAUGUGGUGCCAGUGUUUGUCCUCCCAGUCCACACUGAAUAGCAGCACCUUUUCUUUUUGUUGUUGAUGAAUUUCUUAUGUUGUUGGCUAUAGUUAUAUUGACAGUUAAUAUUUUCUUGACCAAAUUUACUACCAACGAUACUGUUAUCACUGUGUCAGUGAGGAUGGAAGUUAAAGAUUACACAUAGUGCAGUAAAAUCCAACCUGAGUAAAUCAUUUAAUUUGUCAGUAUGAACCGGUAUUUACCACCCAGAUAGAAAGAGACUGUGCUCAGAAUCAACUGUAUGCAAGAGACCUUGUGGAACAAUGUCAGCUGGGGUAGUUUCCUCAAUGCUUGGGUCUAGUAUGCAUAUUCUCAGAUAUGUGGAUGGUCUAAAGCACAAGACAUGGAAGCCAUGCAGCACAGUUUUGCUCCAGAAGAGUCGGUCUCUUCAUGUGGACAGUCCUCCUCACAAACCCUCUGUGACCAGCAGCUAUGUCCAUGGCACCUCCACCAUCUCACUGCUCCCCCUGACUGUAGGUCAAAGCCUGGACGCCGCAGCCCAACGGUGGCCCGAGCGUGAGGCUGUGGUCUUUCUGCAGGAGGGCAUCCGGAAAACCUUUGUACAGUUUCAGCAAGAUGUUGACAAGCUGGCCGCAGGCCUCCUUGCUCUGGGACUAAAGAGAGGUGAUCGACUGGGAAUUUGGGGACCAAACAUAUAUGAAUGGAUUCUUUUCCAGUUUGCUACAGCCAAGGCCGGAAUCAUACUGGUAUCGCUGAAUCCAGCUUAUCAAGUAAAAGAAGUGGAGUUUACUCUACAAAAGGUCCAGUGUAAAGCAGUGGUGUGUCCGACCCGCUUUAAAACCCAAAAUUUUUGUGAGAUGCUGACAGAGAUCUGCCCGGAAAUUGACACAAUGCCAGCAGGCGCAACCAAAAGCGCAAGGGUGCCAGACCUGCAUAUGGUGAUUGUGACGGACAGCAGACAGCCGGGGAUGCUGCAUGUGGAGGAUGUGAUGCAAGCAGGGGAGAGCCGGCACCACGGAGAACUGAUGGACCUGCAGAACAAGCUGUCCUUCGAUGAUCCCAUCAACAUUCAGUUCACAUCGGGUACUACAGGGAAACCAAAGGGAGCCACUCUUUCCCACCACAAUAUUCUAAAUAAUGCAUACUUCCUGGGUCUCCGAAUGGGUUACAGAUCGAGACCUCAGGUGCGAGUGUGUGUGUCUGUCCCCCUGUACCAUUGCUUUGGCUCCGUACUUGGAGGGAUGAGUAUGGCAGUUCAUGGCAUCACUCUGGUUUUCCCUUCAACAGGCUACGACAGCCGUGCCAAUUUAGAGGCCAUCCAGGGAGAAAAGUGCAAUUUUGUCUAUGGCACUCCCACCAUGUACGCUGAUAUGCUUAGCCAACAAGAGUCACACAACUUUGAUGUGUCAUCACUUGAAGCUGGGCUUAUGGCGGGUUCUCCUUGCCCUCCUGAGAUUGUGAGAAAACUAAAAACAGACAUGAAUAUGAAGGAGAUAACGAUUUGUUAUGGGACCACUGAAAACAGCCCUGUCACAUUUCUGGGAUUCCCACAAGAUGAAGACGAGCUGAAGAUGAAUACUGUGGGGUGUAUCAUGAGUCACACCGAGGCUAAAGUGGUGGACCCUGCUACGGGAGAGAUGGUCCCUCUGGGAGCGUCAGGUGAGCUGAUGAUCAGAGGAAGCUGUGUGAUGCUCGGGUACUGGGGUGAACCUGAGAAAACCCAAGAGGUCAUCUCCCAAGACCGCUGGUACAGGACUGGUGACACGGCCAGUCUCAACAGUCUGGGAUACUGUCGCAUUGAAGGACGCAUUAAGGACAUGAUCAUCCGAGGAGGGGAGAACAUCUAUCCUGCUGAGAUAGAGGAAUUUCUCUACAAGCAUCCCAAAGUCCGGGAGGUGCAGGUGGUUGGAGUAAAAGAUGAGAGGCUGGGUGAGCAGGUUUGUGCCUGCAUCAGGCUGAAGGAGGGCCAGACAUCCAGUCCAGAAGAGAUAAGAGCAAUGUGCAAAGGACAGAUGUCUCACUUUAAGAUCCCACACUAUGUAAUAUUUGUAGACAGCUACCCUCUGACAGUUUCUGGAAAGAUCAAGAAGAAUGAAUUAAAGCAGGCAAUGGAGAGGAAGUUAGGGCUUUAAGUUUGUGGGCUCUGCUAGUUGCUGGGAGCCUUGAAAAGUCUGGCACCACAGAGAACAACGCUUUCUUCAACAAUGCUGCCAUAGGAAAUAUAGUGUGUAACUGAUCUGCUGCUGGACUGACAUUAAAUUUCUUCAACUUCA